AUGUUGACAACCAUUGUCUUUCUAACUACACUUGCAAUUGCAGCAGCGAUCACUGUUACUGUACCUGGAUCACCUGUCACUUCAAUUGAGACCACAUCAACAGUAUUGGAAUGUACAUUUACUACAACUAGCAGUAAUCCACUGAUUUCAUGGUAUAAAGGGAGUAGUACAAGUACAGGUUAUCUGAUUAUACAAAAAGACAAUUCCGGGGUUUUCCCUCAGCCUGGAAUCACAAGACAUGACAUUCAAAACCAAGCUAGUCUACUUAUAACGGAUACACAGUUAAGUGAUGCUGACAAGUAUUGGUGUCAAGUAGAAGGUUUAGGUGAUCCCAGAGAUGAAAAAUCAAUUACACUCACAGUAACACCUGCAACACCACCAUCUCAGCCUACAAUAAGUAUUACAGCUGGCAGUAAUCCAUCCAAUGCAGGCAAUAUAAUCAGAUUAAAAUGUACGUCUACUGGAAGUCCCACUCCGAGUUGCAGCUGGCUAAGAGAUAACCAACCACUACCUGCAAUAACUAGAUAUCAACUCAGCAGUGAUGGCAGUGCAUUUACUAUUAAUCCCAGUGACAAAGAUGACAAUGGAAAAACAUUUACAUGUCACGUGACUAAUGUUAAAGGAAAUAAGGAUGAACACAUAAUACUUAAUAUAAGGUAUGCUCCAGAUAAUCCAGAUUGCACUUAUCAGACUACCACUUCAUUAUCUUACCUACUCGAUGACGAAAUGAAAAUAAGAUGUCAAUCAACUGAUGGCAAUCCAUUAGCGACAUUACAUUGGUAUCAUGGUAACAAUCAGAUACAAGGUUUAUCAUCAUCUACAAAUGGUAACACAGUUUCACAGGAUUACACAUGGAAUCUGAAUAGAAAUGAUAAUGGGGAAAUGUAUAGGUGUGAGGCGACUAAUGUUAUACAAAUUACACCAUUACCAUGUCAACUUGGACCAUUCAAUGUCUACUUUCCAGCAGAGAGUGUGACAUUAUCGGGCAUAACCAAUCCUGUGAAGGAAGGUGAAACUAAAAUACUGACUUGUACCACAUCAACCAGUAAUCCAGCAUCUCAGAUAUCAUGGUUAAAAGAUAACAAUGUAUGGACUGCUAAUACAUAUGAAUCUAUUACAUCUGAUGUUACAAGAGAUGGAGAUUAUAAUGGUGAAAUAAGUGAACAACAGAUGACAAUAUCCAUACAAGCAGAACAUAACAAUAAAUCAUACCAAUGCCAAUUAAGUCAUACAGACAUUACAGGUCACGUGACAUCUACUGUAAUUCAUCUAACUGUGUAUUAUAAACCAUUUGUUGUGAACGUACCACACAAUCAGCGAUCGUAUGCAAGCAAAGGGAGCGUUGCAGAACUACGAUGUGAGAUUGAAAGCAACCCUCUUUCAUCGGUAAUAUGGUACGGUCCGAAUAAUCAACCAAUAAAUAAUGACAGUAGAGUCAGUAUCAAAACAGUGUCACGUGGAACCUUACAUGAAAGUAUAUUGACAAUACAGAAUACAAUGCUAAGUGACUAUGGUAGCUAUUCCUGUUUUGCAGAAAACGAUAUUGGCAGCACAACAUUUAUUGUCACGUUCAACGAUAAAAUAUUGUCGCAGUCAUUUCGUGGUGUUCCCAUAGAUACUGUGGUUUUGGAAGGAAAUGAGGUAAUGUUGAAUUGUAGUUGGAAAGAUUUUGAAAGCACCGCUACAGUCGCAUGGAACAGAGUGCAAUUAUCGUUGUACCUGGGUAACAAAGCAGGCAAACUUUACGCUGAUCCUGAGUUUGAUGAUUGUUGCGAGAUUGUCGGUAAUACGCAAAACAAUGACUUUACGUUAAAGAUAAGAAAUGCUAACUUUGAUGAUAUGGCGAUAUGGAAAUGUUCCUACUCUGGAACAAUCCUUCUGGAAGAAGAAGCUAAAAUAACAGUUUUGGUGGAUCCUAAUAACCCACUGGAAAUCUUAAGCAUUACACGUAACAAGGCUGGUGAAUACAUGUGUUCAGCAGAGAAUACAUACUAUGAUGGAACUACAGGAAAGACUGAAGAGAUCAUCACAAUAGAUGUGCAAUACAUUCCAGUUGUUGCAUUGGAUGAGAGCAAGACUGUGAAAGAGGGAGACGCAGUGAGUAUAAACUGCAGUACAUUCAUCACGGAAGCCAAUCCUGCUGCCAGUGAGUUCCAGUGGAUCCGUAAUAGUGCUGUGGAGCAGACCACCGAAGAAUUAACCAUAGAUAGCGUAGCACGAAGCGAUGCUGGGUUGUACAGUUGCUGGGCCUUCAAUUAUUUUUAUGAUGGCAGUCCAGGCAAGGGAGAGAGUACUACUGAACUUGUUGUCCAUUAUUCCUCGUUUCAAACUGUUAGAUUAUUUUUCAUAUCUUUGGCUUCUACGCCAGAAUACAUCACUAAUUUUGUGAAUUCCAUGCAAGCACUUUGGUUGGCCUUGUAUGUAUAUUUUCAGAGGUUUAUAAACACUGUUGCUCAACUAGAUGACGUUACAUUUUUAAUAUAA